AUGUAUCGGGAGGUAUAUCACAAAAAUAAAGAUAAGAUUCAUACUACACCUGAUACGCCACACAAUCGCCAAGUGAAAAUAAACCAAGACGCUUUCAGUGAUCUUAUCUACAAGACUGAUUUCUUCAAGAUGCAAGGACACUUGAUUUCCCUACCAUUUACUCCACAAACUGUACACGACCGUUAUGUUGGAGAAAUUACAAGCGAUAUUAAAUACAAAAGUGAUCUACAAUGGCUCAAAGGUCUGGGCUGCUUCCUGUACGAUACUCCGGAUAUGGUCCGUUCACGGCAUUUACGCAAGCUCUGGUCUCAUUAUGUCUACACUGAUGCUGCAAAGAAAAUGCAAGACAAAUACUCUGUGGUUCUGGACACCCCAGUUUAUAGAAAAAACCAGGAGCUAAAGACCCACCUUAGUGAG